AUGCAAAAACAAAAAUUUUAAUAAGUACCACUUGAUUAUAUUCAAAACCCUUAAUAAAUUGAAGAUUAUGAUGAAUUAGAUGAUUAAAAUGCAUAUAAAACAGAGGAGGUUGAAUAACAAAAUGUUGUACAUGAUUAAAAAGCUGAAUAAAUGUAUUGUGUUAUUGAUCUUUAGGAAGAAUUGUUUAUUAUCAAUAAGGAGAAAUUUACUUGAAUUUAAGGAAUUAGUGGACACAUUGAAUUAAAGGACAUAAAUAAUUUGCAAGCCAAUAAUAACAAAUGUAAAAGAUUUAAACUAAAAUUUAGAUUAAAGAAAGAGCAAAUGAUGAUUAAGCUAAAGCCUAUUUGUGUAAAUUGAGAACAUUAAAAACAAUUAAAAAGUCUUAUGGAUUAUCAAAUUUUUUACAAAAGACAACAGAGGAAGAAAAAAUGAUAGAAAAAUCACUCUAAAAAAUAUCAAAAGAGUUUUCAUUUUGUUCUUCAAAUUAAUUAAGAUUAUAUGCUAGAGCGUUCAAAUUCAAUUAAGAAGAUAAUUUUAUAUAUGCGAAUCUAUAUCAUGAUAGACUUAGCAAUUAAGCUCCUUAUUUAUUAUUAAUAAAAAAAGAUUGUUAAAUGGAAAUAUUAAAAGAUUAAUUGGAUAUUAAAGAUUAAUCAUUAAUAAUAGAUUUGAAGGGGCCUAAUUAAAGAUGGAUUUCUUUAUCUUAUAACACGAAUAGUAUUUAUGAAAAAUACAUAUAUGAUUAUUUGAAAAAGAACAAUUAUUUAAAGAAAGAAAUAUUAGAUUUCAUAUUGGAAAUAAAUUAUAUUUAGGAUGGAACUGCAUACAAAGAAGAAAUAAACGAUUAGAAAGAAAAAAAUAAAUUAAUUGUGGAUAAUUAUUUAUUUAGUGUAAAAAGUUUAUUUUAAAUUAUAUAGAAAUUGUUACAUGAAUUGAUAAUAAAAAAAGAUGGUUCUAUGGAAACUUACUUCUAAGAAGUGAAAAUAUUUAUUCUAGAACAUUAAUAAUAAGAUUUGACAGACAUAACAAGGUAUUAAAAUUUAUUGAGACAUUGUUAAUACCCAGAAAACAUACAUGCUUUAAAAAAGUGA